AUGGAGAAUAUCAAGCAAGAGGUUUCUGAACUCCGUAGAGAGAUGAUUAAUUUGAAAGCUAUUAUGGAGCACUUAACUGGUUUGAUUGAAAUUUUGGUUUCCGCCCAAGUCAAUCCUUCUAAGAAAGAAGAAGUGAUGGAAAAGGUCUUCAUUGAAACUAUGAAAUCAUUCUUUCAUGAGAAGAUGAUAAUUAAUGCGCCUAGUGACUUUCUUAACAAGGUGAAUAUGGGUGUGCAUCUAGAAGAAGAUGUCCGAAAGGGAUUUUUAUAUAAAGAUGGUGGCUCAGCUAGUGGUGUGAAGAAGUUUAAUAAUAACUUUUCUAAGAAGAGAGUCGGAGGAAGAAAUAAUCAUCGCCAGAAUCACCAUGUUCCUUCUAUCAUCCAUGCAUUCAAUUUACCUUCUGUAGCUUCAGUUCACUAA